UGCUGUCUUCAAAUAACAAGUUAUCACAACAAAAAAACUAUACAUCUUUGCUGAGCUAAGAAACAUUUUAUAGAAUUAACAUUUAUUACGAAUUGGAACUUGAUUUUAGUUUUAGCUAUUUGGCACAAGCUGUUAAGAGUUUUGUUUCCAGUGUUAGUAAACAGACCACUAACUGCCGGCUAAAUGUUUUGUUGACUGCGAGAAAAGUUAAGACAAAAAAAAGAAAUUAAGAAAUAAACAUGCCAAACAACGAGGAAAACGAGCUGUACAUGGUCAAGGAGGCGCAACGUCUCCGAAAAUCCGAUCCAUGUGCGGCGAUGGCUUGGAUCAUCACGGCCAAAACCCUGUACCCCAAUGCCUUCAACUUGCAAUAUGAGGCUUACUUGUUGGAGCGUGAUGGUAAAAAUUACGAGGAGGCGGCAAAGUGUUUCAGCGUCAUAGCUACCAACUUUCCGAAUCAGCAUACGGAACUGUGGCAGGAAAUCAAUGCCCUAACAAACGCCCUCAGAAAUGAAAACGAAAAUACGCCAGAACAGGAGUUCUAUGUAAAGAUGUACAAACACCUUACACCGGAAGUUCAACACAAUAUCUUUAUGCACACGAUUAACCACUGUGGCGAUAAUCUGGAGCAGUGCGUCUAUAUCUACAUACUGAUGUUUAACAAGUUUCCUAAAUCGGCCAUUACCCAGGCCCCCAGAUUGCUAGAAAUGCUGGCCGAGGGCAUGAAAACCGAUUCGGAAUUGUACCAAAGAAUUUUGGUGGAGGAGGUGCUGCCCAUGAUUCAAAAUAAACCCCCGGAACUCUCUCCAAAUCUCGCCUGCAGGUUAUAUACCAGUUCCUUGGAGUUUUACCUACGACAGAUCAUGGACGAAUCGGAUACGGCGGAUGCCUGGAAGAAUAUUUUUAAGGUACUGAUGAUCUGCGGACAGAUGAUGGGCUGGGAGCCCUUUUUACCCUUCAGUAAACAUGUAAAUCAGAACGUUUACUGGGAAAAGUUGGUGGACAUACUCUCCGGGAGUCCUGCGGGCAGUUCCCAGGUUUUGUUCUACGCCACCACAUUGUUUAUAUACUCUCUGCACGGUUACAUACGGAACUGCAAGCUGAGGAUUGAGGAUGCAGAUGUCAGCCACGUUUUGGUGGAGGGAUUUAUGGAAUGGUCGCCAGAGAGCGAUGGGUCUGAAGUGCCCAGCAUGGAGCCCCCGAAGUUCUCCCUGACCACCGCAAUAAGCCCAGAGUUGUCUAAGGCCUUUUUGCACGCCGCUCAGUGCUGGCAGUUGCUAAAUACGGAUCAGUUUCAGCGCGAUUUUAGUCAACUUAUGCUAGCUCUUCCUCUGGCACCUUGGAUCUCAAGGUUCCUGUUCGACUUGGCCAUAUACUUCGGGCACCGCGAUGAGGCCAACAAACUUAUGGCCGACAUGACCACCCAGAGCAGUUUGGUGCAGAGUCUUCAGAUCCUUAGUCUUAAUCUGAUGCAAGGAAGCAUGACACUCCAGGGCUUCCAGUGCAUCCUGAAAAUCCUCUCCGAACUGCCCGCUACACAGGGUCAACUUCUAGACAACAUGUCGCUCAAAGGCCACCGUCACAUGAUUUUCCUGCCCCUCACACGAUCGGCUUUGGUUCAAUAUUGCGUGGGAGCCAUCAUUAGUCGGCUGAGUCGAAAGGUGUACGAACCCAACUGCCCCGAUCGAUUGCUUGGCGAUCUACUGGUGCUCCAGCAACUGAAUCUCCUUAACGAUGUGCUGCUCACCCAACAAAUUUUCAGCAUGAUUAAGCAACGCAAAUCGUUCAAUCUGCGCACGCUGUCUACCUACAUAAUUGCCAUUGAUCUGAUUGAGGAACUGUCGCACAUUUGGAACUCCCAGCAGGAGGAUAACUUCGAGUUGACCAGCUCGCCUACCUCCAGUGGCACACCAAACGCCACGGGUGGAUCAGCUGGUUCCCAGUCGCGGAGAAUUGGCACCCGUGGAGCGGACAAAGGAGCUAGGGACGAAUUCAAGGCCAUUACUCGCCAGCAGAUUGCCCGUUGCAACGAGAAUGUAAUCACAUUGCUGGCGAAUUUCAUCACCCAGGAGCAUUUAACGCUGGCCCAGCACAUCUUUGGCAUCAGCCAACCGAUUGAGACGAUUGUGAUAAAGUGAGAAGGAAGACCACCGGGGUAUUUAGUGUUUAAUAGCUUCUAUAAGCUUACAGUGUAAAUAUCGUUUUAACUUCUUGGAAUUGCUUCUUUAAUCCACUAAACCUUAAAUAUAAGAUGCAGUUUAUCUUAAACUAUUAACAAA